AUGCCCAAUAUGUCAAAAUCGAUCUGCCUGGAGAAGAGACAUGCAAACCCACUACGACACUCAUUUUUUGAGGCCUCGCUACUUUUGUCGAUGCAACAGUGA